AUGGAUUAUUUGGCAUUUCAACAUGGAGCUUUAGAUUGCGUUGAUAUGCCAUCUAAUAUGGGCUAUCUGGCAUUUGUACAUGAAGCCUUUCAUUGGGUUGAUUCGUUACUGAAUCAGUCUGUGGUUACGUUUAGUAUUUCAGAUGAGGUGUAUCGAGAGAUACCGUUGCCAGAGGGACUGGAUUUGGUUUUUGAUAUAAUGCAUAGCAAACAAGGUGUUUCAGUAUUGGGAGGCAUGCUUUGUGUUUAUUCUACACGUAUUCAUCACCGGGAGUACACUUUUAAGUUAUGGGUAAUGAACGAGUAUGGUGUCAAGGAAUCAUGGAAUCAGUUGUUUACUAUACAAUGUACCGAUCUUUAUUCAAUCACCCCGAAAUACAUGUUUUCAGAUGGUGAAGUGUUACUCCGUUGCAGCCAGUUGAGACGUAGUGGUUCUGUAUUUAAGACAUCCAAUGAAUCAUCUGGCUUAUGGCCUCGAUCUGAUUCGGAAUGUAUUCAGGAUGGUUUCAUUUAUACAGAAAGCUUGAUCUCUCCGAAGUUGCAUACUUGGUAUUGA